CUUGGUUACAUAUCAUCUUCCAAGUGUCUGGGUUAAAGUAUGAUAACGAGGCCUUGGAUCUUCAAGAUGGCGAAUCCUGCGCUGUUAUGGCUGAUUCUGUUAUUCAUGGGUACCGUUCUGUGUGCUAUUGAUAGACAAGGGGUUGUUUCACGGUACAAUAUUGUGCGCACAGCUCUUAUCGACAACAAUAUUACACCUCUUCAAGUUGGGAACGGGAAUUUCGCCUUCAAUGUCGACAACACGGGGAUGCAAACUUUUCUUCCCUUUAACACACUCUCCAGUUGGACCUGGCAUAACGACUCUUUACCAAGCAACGGAGAGGACAUCAGUGAUUAUCAUGGCGUUUCGGUUUUGACACAUGGGAGAAACGUUUCAUACGACCUUCCGGAUUCUCAUUUACCAGAAGCAAGUCACUGGAUCAUCAGCAAUCCGAACCGCAUCAAUCUUGGCCGCGUGGGCCUGAGAUACAAUGGCUCUACGCUAUCAGCAGGUCAAAUCUCAGAUCCUGUGCAGGAACUCGACGUCUGGAAUGGCGUGAUAACAUCUACCUUCACGGUCGAUGACGAAGCUGUCAAGGUUAUCACACAAGGGGACUUUGAGAGUGAUUCGGUUGCGAUUCGUAUCGAAUCACAACUCAUCGCCUCGGGACUUCUGGAAGUUGAGCUCGACUUUCCGUUCCCGCCGAUCCACAGCACAAAGUACAAAUAUGAAGUUUUUGUGGGAGUCUAUGACUUUCCGCUAAAUCACACCACAGAGAUUAUUGGAUCUGAGGAUGCUAGUGAAGCACAUAUACAACAUAAACUACAAGAGACUAGAUACUUCGUAAACCUUCGCUGGGCAAGCCAAGCACCGCUUACACUCUCUAGGGACGAACCGCGAGGUUCGGCUGCGAUUACCGCGCACCGUUACACCCUUUCUACAGCACGGAAUCUCACAGAUGGAAUCCUUGAGUUCUCGGCGAACUUCUCUCCCGGAAAGCAAAAGGCUGAAUUGCCAGCUGCGAUUCGUAGCCGAAACGUAGAGGGAUGGAAUAACUACUGGAGCCACGGCGGGUUCGUAGACGUCACAUCGUCUCCUAACCCCAGGGCCGACGAGCUACAGCGCCGGAUCAUUCUGUCGCAGUACCAUGUACGUGUUAACAGCGCGGCGACCGGACAAUCACCGCAGGAGAGCGGCUUGAUGAACAACGGUUGGUAUGGCAAAUUUCACAUGGAACAAGUGCUCUGGCAUAAUGCCCACUGGUGCACCUGGGGUCGAGAAGAACACUUCGACAACGUGUUCCCGGAACUCUAUGAGACAUUAUUGCCUUCUUCUAUAGCAAGAGCCGAGGCUAUGGGCUGGAACGGGGCUAGGUGGCCGAAGAUGACGGAUAUCAACACAGGAAGAAGCUCGCCUGGAGGAAUCAACGGUUAUCUCUUGUGGCAGCAGCCUCACCCGAUGUUUCUUGCUGAGCUGAGGUAUCAGAUCUCGCCUACAAGAGAAACGCUUGAGCGCUGGGAUCGUGUGCUGACUGCGACGGCGGAUUAUAUGGCGUCAUAUGCCUGGUUCAAUCAAACUUCAGGGCGAUAUGACCUUGGCCCCCCUGCGUACGGCGUCACGGAGAAUACGCCUCCUCUAGAGACACUGAACCUAGCUUACGAGAUUGCCUACUGGCGCUAUGGUCUCGACAUAGCACAGACAUGGAAGCAGCGCCUCGGACAACCCGCACCAGCGAAAUGGACAACCGUGGCCGCGAAACUGGCCCCGCCACCACAAGCCGACGGGCUCUACGCCGUCUACGAAGGACUCAACGGCUCAUGGUGGGAGGAUCCCGACCUAGUAGAUGACCCGCGCAGCGUCAUCAUGCUCCAGGGCUUCCUGCCCGACACGCCCGCGGUCGACCCGGCCGUGGGUCUCCGCACCGCCGACAAGGUCGCAGAGAUUUGGACAGACGACAAGAUCUUUGGCUGGGGACGCCCCGUGCUAGCUCUCAACGCGGCAAGGAUUGGGAAUCCCGAACGUGCAGUGGGAUGUCUGACUGCUUAUGAUUACUGGAUUUUCGACGACGCUGGCUUCGCGCAACGUGGUGGUAAUGGUGGCACGCCGCCGCCGUUCAUGCCGGGAAAUGCGGGAUUCCUUUAUGCUGUGUCGUACAUGGCUGCCGGUUGGCAAGGCUCAGUAAGAGACACACCGGGUUUUCCACGGGAUGGCAGUUGGAUCGUAAAACACGAGGGUCUGCACAAGGCUCUAUAGUUUGUUCUACGCUGGUGUUAUGAAAAAGAUGAUAUAUAUACAUAGGAUGGUCUGAACCCCUAGACUAUUCUAGCUUCUAUGCAUGAUUCAGAUCUAAAACCAACAAUGAUGCCAAUUCUAGAA